UUGGUCAUUAUACGGGUUGGUAGGGCGGCAAUAGCUGGGUGAAAAGUUACAAUACAGCCGGGUCGAGGGGUUAGUGAUAUGCUGAGAUAUGCUGACCAUGUUAACUAACUGAAGUAGAGGCCAGCUGCUGGCGGAACACUAACGUUGACAAUGGUGCUUAAACGAUGUCAUUCGAGACUCAAUCACGGUGUUAACCACCCAGAAAAGUGGUAUGACCUUUUUUUAAAUCAUGACAGAGUUACCAGUUCUGUGACAGCGACCAUUUCGUCAAACAUGUCUAGUUUGACAGCCGCCAAAACCCCACCGUGUGUCCGGUGUAUCAUCACUCAACCUUUUAGGAGCUCCGAGAAGCCGGUAUGGAGAGGGGGACACACGGGGCACAAGAUUGGACAUCUUUCUGCAGGGACACACAUGACUACGAGAGGGCUGAGUACGUCCAUCACAGCUCUCCAGUAUUUAAGUCGAACUGUACCAAAGUCUGAAGGUGGGAAGCUGCUUUUUGACACCCAUGCAGUGGUACGACUCUUUGAGGAAAAUGGCUUUACAACUGAGCAAGCUGAGGUGAUGGUCAAAGUACUGGUGAAGAUGACAACUUCUAACAUGGAUGUCAUUUAUAGUGACAUGGUAACCAAAGUGCAGCAGGAGAUCAUGUUGCAGCGUGUGAUGUCUCAAAUAGCAUCUGUAAAGAAGGACAUGAUAAUCCUAGAGAAGAGUGAGUUCUCCACGUUACUGGCAGAAAAUGAGAAAGUCAGGAACCAGUUAUUGCACAUCAAGAUCCAACUGGCUGAUGUCAUGAAUAAAGUGCGCUCAGACACAAUUAUCGACAUGAAUUUGGAGAAAAGUCGUGCAAAAGAAUUGAAAAUAGAGAAUGAGAAGAUGCUUCUAGAAACACGGACAGAGAUAAUGGAAAUGACUGCAGAGCAAGACCGCCAUUUAACUCAGACCAACAUGAAAAUAGACACUGAAGUGGCCGGGUUGAAAACAAUGUUAGAAUCUCAUAAACUGGAUACUAUAAAAUACCUUGCAGGUUCAGUCUUCACCUGUCUUACUGUGGUCCUGGGAUUCUAUCGUAUUUGGAUGUAAGCAGAGAGAAGAUUUUCAUAUGAGAUCUUGUGACAGUGGACCUUCAAGGCAUCCUCUGAAUUUGACAAUGAAAGAGAGACAGCUAAAGUCUCUUAAAUGAUGGGAAGUCGGCAAUUUUCGGUGCAAUGUUUUUAAGUGUGAGUUAUGGACAAAUGGCUCUUUCAACUGAUCACUGGUGGGACUUAUUGAAGUAAUGAAAUUAAGACUAUUUAAUGAUGUAUGCUGUGUGACCACUUAUCCAGAUAAUCUUGAAUUAAACAGAAUAUAAAAUGUUGUGUAUAUAUUUUUUUAGAUGUAUACAUUGGGUUGUAGAUGUUGGUGAGAUGCUCAUCAGAAAGUGUUUGUAUUUAAAUGCGUUUUGAUUUCAGUUUUAAUACGAAUGAUUUUUUUAAUUAAAUGAAUUGCCAAAAAUGUUAGUGUAUCUUUCUAUUGAAGAUUAUGGUUAUUAGUAUAUUUAAUGUAAUGUUGAUGGGAGCUGGCCUAAUCAAAGAGGCUAGCUCUUUGCUAUGGCAAUGUCAUUCUGCUUUUACUCUGCUACAUUAAAAUAUGCAUGUAUAAUACAUGA